UAAGCAAUAUAAUUUCAGUUGCCUUCAAACACCGAUCUUAAACGCUUCAACCGUUUUGAAAUACACAGAAAUGGCAAGACUUCUAACUCUAUUGUUUUUUGUAUUAAUUGCUGGCGUUUGUUAUGGAUCUUUGACAGGAUCCCAAAGUGGUGAGGAUAUUGAAACUGUGCCGAAGGACCUGGAGACCCGCUGCAUCUCAACCGAACAAAAAGCCUUUAAUGAAACGCUUUCUAAAAUUGAGAGUUCACUGGAGAGAAUCAUUUUACAGAUGAGUGCUCAGCAAGAAAUUUUCGCCGCCAGAUUAGAAGAUUUUCAAGAUCAACUAAAAGCGGUACUGAAUAACUCAAUCGCCGUCCCGAAGUUCCAGCUGAUAGGAUCAAGGAGGUUUUACAUUGAAGAGGAUCUUUCUCAGGAUUGGAAAACUGCUGCAAGAACCUGUCGGAAAAUGGGGGGGCAUCUGGCCUCGAUUAAAGACGAAGAGGAGCAAAACGCUAUAAGCAAAAAACUUGAACAACUUAAUGGCUACUGGCUGGGCAGUAACGAUCACGCAGAAAAGGGCAGUUUCGUGUCAUUGGCCUCUGGUAAGCCAGCCUUUUUGAAGUGGUCAGAUGGAGAACCAAAUUACUAUUUCGGAUUUCCGAGCUGCAUAGCAUUGGGCAGAGAAGAUGCCCCACUGUGGCUGUCGGAUUGUGAGUUCACAAAGCACUUUAUUUGCCAGGCUGAUGACGACGUUUAGUUUGAAAAAAUCCCAAAGAAACUCAUUAUUUCCGAAUACAAGAAGCACAAUUAUUACUUGAAAAAUAUUGUUAAUUUUGUUCUCUCAAUUAUGAAAAGUAAAAUACUUUAAACAUUUUC